UAUCAAGCACGCAAACAAAACAGUUCAAUUGUUCGACUUCGUCUGGAUCAACAUGGUGCGCGUUCUAUUUUUGGCUUUUACUGUGGCCUCGAGCCUGCUGCUCCUGGGCCUCGCUGAUGCAACUUCGCUAUCGAGGACUUACCUGCCGCCACAAGUGCAAGUGCAACAGAUCGUUUCCCAGCCGCAGGUGCAGCUGGUGCAGUUGCAGCAGCGUCCUGUGCUUCAAUCUGUGGUGCAACGUCCUAUAAUUCAGUCUGUGGUGCAGCAACGUCCUGUUAUACAAUCAGUGGUGCAGCAGCGUCCUGUUAUUCAGACUGUGGUGCAGCAACGUCCUGUUAUACAAUCAGUGGUACAGCAGCGUCCUGUUAUUCAGACUUUGGUGCAGCAACGUCCUGUGAUUGAGUCUGUGCUGGUGCCACAGCGCACUUAUCUACCUCCUGCGCCGAGAGUGGUAUCGGUUUACAGGCCUGCUCCUCAAGUGAUCUCUAUACCAAGGGUCCAGCAGCAGAUCAUCUCCCGUCCCCAGGUGUUGGUGCAGCGUCCAGUGCUAUUGCCGCAGCGUACUUAUCUGCCACCCGCCCCAAGGUUGGUGUCGAUUGAACGUCCAGCUCCCCAGCAGCUGAUUUCAAUUGCUGCGCCCAGGCGCACCUAUCUGCCACCCCAGGGAGCUGCAUCAUCCUUGAGCGAGCAGUACGAAGAGCCCGAAGAAAUCUAAUGAAAAAAUUCCGUCAAACCAACUCGACGCGACGACUGGUUUGUGGUUUAACCCACACACACCGCAAACUAUAUUCUAAUGCUAAUUCCCGAUUGGAACCGAACAGAACAGAGAAAUGCAAAAAUACAUUUGAUAUGUUUAUUUUGCAUAUAAUGACGCGAUCCACAACGGAUUUGCAUAUUCCAGAAUUUUGGUAUUAGACAAUAAAGAAAGCGCUGAAAAAACAACGAGUAUCACAUUUUA